AUGUACAACAAUUAUGAGGCUCCGAUUCCUUUGACGGCCAAUUAUUCGGCGCUGAAGGAUAUCGAGGAGGAUAGACCUGAUAGGGUUAUAAUUGAAAUCGGACGGCCGGGUGAUAAGAGGGACGAAGUGACGUUUUCACAUAAGAAGUAUGAUAAGACGACUCAUCACCGAUCGUACAGCUUGGAAAAUUAUGGCGAACCGAGGAGGGUACUGUUUAGGCCGCAGGAAUUGGAAAUACAUGAUGAGCCAAGAUAUUUCGAGCAUGACGAGUACCAGGAGAUGAGAACAAUACAAGAGUCGAACAAUUCUAGGUCCUCAGUAGAAUUCUCGCAAGAUUCGCAGGACCCGAUUAAGUUUGUGGAUGAGCAGGAUAGUGCUAUGGAUUGGAAAGAGAGAGCUUUGCAACUUGAAAAAGAAUAUAAGAAAACUGCUUGUGACAGAGAAAGGACGCGCAUGAAAGAUAUGAACCGAGCUUUUGACUUGCUGAGAUCCAAAUUACCCGUUACCAAGCCAUCCAAAAAAAAAUAUUCUAAGAUUGAAUGUUUAAGAAUAGCGAUAUGCUACAUACGUCAUUUGGAGUACAUGCUAGCUGGUGGCAGUCCUGAUGAAAACCCAGUGUUCUUGGAAGUACACAGUCCAGACAGAAGGAAAUCACCGAGAUACUAA